GGAAUGCGUAUAACAUCAUUGAGGAAAGUUUGCUAGAGCUUCUCGGCAUUAUUCUGCCGAGAAUUUGCUGCGACGGUCUCAGUAGGGUAGAAGGGAAUAUUCAAUUCAGCAAGAUACUGCCUCACUCCAGUAGCCUAUAACAAUGUUGGAGAUCGCUAUCAGUUGCAUCUUAGCUAUUCUGAGAAGCUAUCAAUUUCCCCACAAUUGAAAUAAUCACCGAGGGGUUCUUUGAGGCACCUCUCGGUGAACGCAUGGAGUGCCAUCGGGCAAGUGUAUGUUAGCUAGGAUCAAGCAGAUAGAUUGAUUCACAACUCAAUGGCAAAAGGUAAGCGUACGCACAAGUAUUCUGUGCUGCUCCCGACCUACAAUGAACGCGAAAAUAUAGGCAUCAUCGUCGCCCUCCUUGUGAAGACAUUCGAAUCCAGGAAACUGGACUAUGAGAUAGUAAUCAUUGACGACAACAGUCCAGAUGGGACACAGGAGGUGGUCAAGCGACUGCAGACUGCAUACAGCUCUGACAAGAUUGUCCUUAGGACACGGCCUGGAAAGCUGGGCUUAGGCACUGCAUAUGUAUACGGCCUCAAGCAUGCGACAGGGGACUUCGUUGUGGUGAUGGAUGCAGACCUCUCGCAUCAUCCCAAGUACAUCCCAGAGUUCAUAGCGAAGCAGGCGGAGAGGGACGCGGAUAUUGUGAGCGGGACUCGCUAUGCGCGCGAGGGGGGCAUCUCCGGCUGGGACUUCCGUCGCAAGCUCACAAGCUGCGGCGCCAACAUCCUGGCAGCCACGCUGCUGCAGCCCAAGGUGUCUGACCUGACGGGGUCGUUCCGGCUGUACCGCAAGAGCGUGCUGACAGAGCUGGUCAAGGACUGCGGCUCGCGCGGUUAUGCCUUCCAGAUGGAAAUGAUGGUCCGCGCACGCAACCUUGGUGCCACCAUUGACGAGGUGCCCAUAGUGUUUGUGGACCGGCUGUAUGGGGACUCCAAGCUGGGCGGCGCAGAGAUCUGGAUGUUCCUCAAGGGCCUGCUGUGGCUGCUAGUCACGACUUAGGGGCUCUUCUUGACAUCAUGGUUGCUUCUCAGCAAAGCAUGCAGCAGAAGCAUGCGUGCAAGAUCUUACUGGUGCCUGGGCAAUCCAUGUAGACUCGCAUGGUGCAUUGCGCAGGGCAACGAUUUACAUUUUGCAAGUGGUCCUUUGAGUGCUGUGAGUGUGACAUCCAUGAGUAAUCGAAAUUCUUCUUGACAACGCCAACAUUUAAGCAUUUUUUAUGAUAAUAUUGCACAACAUGCAAAGGCCUCCUAGGAAUUCCUAGGAUGCUUAUGCUUAGGAGCUGCCCAGUGAAAACAUGCGCUAUUGGAGGGCGAUCUGCAGGUGCAUGCCAAUCAGAUUGUAAUUACAGUACUAGAAUCAAUUGGGACUCUGGAGCCGAUCGCGAUGCGCUGAUUGACAUGCGUACACAGAUCUGAGGUGCACAUCGGCUGGAACCAGCUACUUAUAGCCGCUUUCUGUAAAAUCACUAAUGCU